AUGCAGCUUAGAACCUUUCAUUUUGCCUUUGGGCUAGCAGCGUUCUUCAGCGACGCACUUGCAUCUGAAGUGCGAGCACAGGUCUCUUUCUGCUCGGCCUUUCAAACGACUUUCAAUGGCCAAUUCUCUAUCCAAUACAACGUCGAGAUGGACAAUGUCAACAAGGACUCCCGCGAGUCAAUCUGCAAGAACUGGUUCGAGCAUAUGAAGGGUCGCGGCGUCCCACUCGGCUGCCAUUGCGACGUGAAGACAGGGAAGAUGGAGGCUGCCUUCCACAUGGAGACUGAUCUGUUCACGAACCCACCUCAGGCAGGUUUUAUUAGUGCCAUGCAAACAUUCCAAGACGUGAUUGGUGGCUCUAUCACUGCGACACCUGGCGGCAACCUCCAGUGCUUCGUCCAGGAUUACAACACCGACGUCCCAACAGUACCAUCCACUCCUGGAGACCUGGUUGGAACGCUGAGCACUACCGACAACACCACGACCGGGUCACUCGUCACGGAUCCCGAUGCUUCGAACGCCACCACCGCGUCCCCUGUGCGCAGACAAGUUGACAGGCCCCCGAUAGCCAAUGGAAGAGUACUCACACUUGCGAGCGGCGUCCAACUCAUCGUGGCAUCCGCCAACAGUGACAUCCUGAGCAACAUCAACAGGCCGCAGAUACCCUUUUUUGAUACGCCCGGGUUCAGCGAUACUGUCGUAGGAAUGAUCGACGCGGUCACCCAAGCUAUCACGAACGGCCAGAAAGAGGCUGAUCUCGCGAUCGGCAUCCCUAGUAUGCCUACACAGUUCCAGGUAUCCUUCAACACAGGGGUCGACGGCAAGGUGCAAGCCCUUGCACGAGCAGAUGUGCAAAUGCUUAUCAUAGCGAUGCUUGAAACGAUGUUGCCAAUCGCGAAAGCAAUCAACAACAACUUCUUGUCUAUAGCACUUUCACCUCUACCCGGAAAACCCGCAGACCCUAUCGGACCGGCGACCAUGAUCUUGCAUGCGAUAUUCCUCCAACAGUGA